CUCAGUUAUUCGGUCGCAAAAUCGGGACAAGAAAACUAACAUAGAAAAAAUUAAAAAAAACUAAAUAGAUGUAUAGAAAAAUAAUGAAAAAAUAACAACAAAACAAAGAAAAUCUCUGUGAAUUUGAAUCGUUUUUUCAUUUAUGAUUUUUUUUCUUUUUUGGUAUGAGAAAUACAAAAGAAUCUGAAGUGAAUUGGUGUGAGUGAAUGUGUAUCUUUAAGCAGUUUUCUACAACGAUUUGUAAAAAUAUCAAAGAAACUAAAGUGUUAAAGAAAAAUAAAAAAUAACAAAAUCAAUAAAAUAUGAAAAAUUUAUAUAUGAACAAGAAAAAAAGUUAAACAAAAAACAGCCAACACAUAAUUAUUCUUUUGAAGAAAUAUAAAAAAAGUGUGUUUGUUAAUUUUAACAUUUGACAUUUAAAUUUUGUGGAGAACAACUACAGCAGCAGUAGAAAUCUUUACUACAACAAAGAAUAACAGAAGAGACCCCCUACAUUUGCAUCUCUUCUCCCAGAAAUAUUUGAAAAAAACAAGCAACAAAUGCUAUAGUAGAGAGACACGAGCAACAUUUAAACAAUAGUAUUGUGAAAGUGCGAAUGAGUUAAUAAUGACUGGAAAGAAACCGGAAAAGUCCGGUCAUUGUAGUUGCUCAACGGAUCAACAGUAUGUGAAUCCCUCUUUUGAACAGGAUGUUAAUGUGGGCAGUGUAGCUGGAGCUUCCACCUACAACAGUAGACGUCCCAGUGGCAAUUUUACGCAUUCACUAGAUGGCGGAACUGGAGGUGUUAGUUCAAAGGAUUGUACCACAAACGAUAGCGGAUGUUGUGCCAUGCACAACAAUUCAAAUAGUACUACACAUCGCAAGGGUCACAGACGUCAAGAAUCAAUGUAUCAGAUGACUGGUCUCUACUCCGAAACAAAUAGUGGUGAUGAUAGCAGCAUCGAUUUAGCUGAAGAUCAUAUAGGAAAUACAAAUACAAUUGGUAGUACAGCGACAACGACAACAACAUCAAUGAUGCCGCCAACUAAUGCCACAGUGCUUGCAAAUAAUGCCCGCAAUUUACAUGCUAAAACGUCCUCCUGCUCUGAUACUGUUAUCAAGUGUCACAGUCGUCAGUCGUCGGCUGUACUUGGUAAUACACAGCAUAAUCAUAGUAAUUUGCAUGGUGGUGGUGGUGGUAGUGGUCAGCACAAUGCAACCAGCAAUAACCCUACAUGUGGCCUUAACGAUGACGACGAUGAUGAUUUGCGUUCACAAGACUGUGGCAUAUUGGGAUGUCGUCCCGGGGGCAUACAGAAAUUUGCCCGUAUAAAAAUAUUCGUUUUAUUGCUGUCCAUGUUGGUUAUGCUGCAGCAGGCCUUAAGUUCGGGUUAUAUUAAUUCGGUGAUAACAACCAUUGAGAAACGUUUCGAAAUACCCUCUAGUUAUUCGGGUCUUAUAGCGUCCAGUUAUGAAAUUGGCAAUGUUAUUACCGUAAUAUUUGUCAGUUAUUUGGGUAGUCGUCGUCAUAUACCGGUAUGGAUUGGUAUUGGUGCCGUUAUUAUGGGUAUUGGUUCGUUGGUGUUUAUGGUACCCCACUUUACUAGUGAACCCAAUCCGGGUGUUUCCAUUGCUAAUGAAACCAGCGACAAUAUAUGCCGCAGUGCUUUAGUGCGUAAUCAAGAUAUGGAUUUGGGCCGCUUAUCAAGUGGUCUCUCAAAUCCUCCCUUGGCACCGCACACUCUACGCGAAGAUAAUUGUCUCGAAGGUAAACUAUCGACCUUUGGCCCUGUACUGCUGUUUGUCAUUGCCCAGUUGUUGUUGGGCUGUGGUGGCAGUCCUUUAUUUACUCUGGGCACGACAUAUGUAGAUGACCAUGUCAAGACGGAAAGUUCUUCCAUGUAUAUUGGUUGCAUGUACAGUAUGGCGGCUUUUGGUCCUGUUGUUGGUUUUCUAUUAGGUGCAUAUUUAUUAUCGUUUCACAUGGAUUCGCUUUCCUCAUCUAUAAUUUCCAUUGAUCCCGGAGAUCGUCGUUGGGUUGGCAUGUGGUGGGGUGGUUUUCUGUUAUGUGGUGUUUUGCUACUAAUUGUUGCAAUACCCUUCUUCUCAUUUCCCAAGGUCUUAACACAUGAGAAGAAAAAGAUACGCAAAGCUUCUGUGGUAAUACAACCAGCAGUACCGAAUAAUUCAAAUAGCUUGCCGCGCAACACUGAUGAAACUGGGAAAAUUAAAAAGGAAAUCGUUUCGGUGGCCACUAAAGAGGAACCAGAGAAACCCAAAGUAGAUACUGGCUAUGGAAAAGAUAUUAAAGACAUACCACAAUCUAUGCUGCGUCUCGUAACAAAUCCCAUUUACAUUGUCACUUGUCUGGGUGCCUGCAUGGAACUAAUGAUUGUCUCCGGUUUUGUGGUAUUCUUGCCGAAAUAUUUGGAAACCCAAUUUAGUUUGGGCAAAAGUCAGGCUAGUGUUUUUACAGGAUCCAUUGCUAUACCGGGUGCCUGUAUUGGUAUCUUUGUGGGCGGCUGUAUACUUAAACGUUUUCAAUUGAAACCCAAGGGAGCAGUGACAUUUGUACUCAUCUCGAAUGUUAUCUGUUUGUGUCUCUUUGCCAUGCUGUUCUUUUUGGGCUGUGACAAUUUGAAAAUGGCCGGCACUACUAUGCCGUAUUAUAAUAGUUCUAAACCGGGAUCACUAGAACCAUUCCAAGUAAAUUUGACGGCUGCUUGUAAUUUUGGUUGCGAGUGUUUGACCAGUGAUGUGGAACCGGUGUGUGGAAAUAAUGGUCUCACUUAUUUCAGUCCCUGUCAUGCGGGAUGUACGGCUUUCUCUUCUAGCUCAAAUUAUACAAAUUGUGCCUGUGUUCAUGCUAAUAUCUCCAGCAGCAUUUAUUUGGGUGCCGGAGGUAGUCAGGCUCAAGCCCUUAAUGCCAAUGAAAAUUUCGAUGAAGUUACUGUAGUUCCUGUUGCCACUGCCGGUCCUUGUGCCAAUCCCUGCCGCAAUAUCUAUCCAUUCCUUAUAUUGCUCUUCUUCAUGACCUUUAUUGUGGCUGCCACUCAAAUGCCUCUGCUUAUGAUUGUCCUACGUUCGGUAUCCGAAGAAGAGCGUUCAUUCGCCUUGGGCAUGCAAUUUGUUAUAUUCCGUCUAUUUGGUUAUAUACCAGCACCCAUACUUUUCGGUAAUCUCAUCGAUUCCACUUGUUUAUUGUGGAAAUCAUCGUGCGGCCAGAAAGGUGGUCGUUGCUUAAUUUACGACAUUGAAAAGUUUCGUUACAAAUACGUGGGACUUUGUGCUUCUGUGAAAAUUAUAGCUUUGGCUAUAUUUAUGGUAGAUUGGUGGUUGGUUAGACGACGUAAGCAAUUAGAUAAAAUGAAGCCAUUGAAUGCAGGUGAUCCUGUAAUAGGUUCCAUAAUAAGUUUAGACAAACUAGUUUUUGAAGAAAAGUUGUCCGGCCAUGACAACAAUCCAAAUUACGAUGAUGGUGAGUUGGCUUUAAAAUCGGAAAACUAUCGUCAUUCUCGUAAUAAUUCCCGAACAAUACAACUUGAAUAUGGCUACGAUAAAUGCAACAAUGCCAUGAUGGCAAAUACCCAAGCAGUUCCUCAAAUGAAAUCGAAAAAACAUUUCCGCAGUGCUUCGUGUGAUGUGAAAAUGAUACGCAGCUUUGCCAAGGAUCAUAAUACGAAUCCAGCUAUGGAUGUUUGUGAGACUUCUAAAUUCAAGAAUUUGAAAAAACUUCAUACACAUUCCCGCAACAAUUCAAGUGACCUUAAUACAGAAUUCCGCCACAAAUUGGUGGCUCACUCCAAUUCCUGUUCCAGAGAUGAUCCCAAUUUCAGCAUACGUUUCAUACAAAAUCAACUUAAGCCCCAAGAAGACGAAGAGGACGAAGAUGAAUUGACCACUGGCUGUGGUCAUUUCGUGCGCAAACAUUCACGCAAUCAUUCAUAUGAUCAAAUCUAUAUGCCCAAUAACAUACGAUUCGAUCCAGAAUUCUUCCGUGGUCAUAAUAAUCACCACCACAAUAAUCAUCUCCAUCACACUAACAAUAAGAAAAAUGUUAAUUUGCUCAAAAAUGUGGUGGAGAGUAAAUUGAAAAAUUCAAACGAGACUAACGAAGCUGGCUCACGCGGCCAUUCACGCAACAAUUCAAAGGACUUGAAUAUAAAGGUUUCACAAACUACUACUAAUGCCGGAGUCGCCAAUUCGUCGGCAGCCGCUAGUAGCGCUUUAAUAGCUGAAUCGGCUUUAAGCAUAUUAAGACAUCGCCGUACAAAUUCUAAAGACUUAAAUCACGUAGCUAACGCCAGCACCAGUGAUCAUCCAAUAGCUACCGGUGUUGUAGCCGUGGGCUCGGGUGCCCUGAGUAACAAUGCCAAUAAAAAACAUUCUCGCAACUCUUCUCAUCAGAAAAUCCAAAUAGAUGACGAUCGCAGUGGUCUUAUAGACAAUGAUAACAACGAAAACGAUGAUGAUGACGACGAUGAUGAGGUUGUCGAGCAGCAACAAGAAAUUGUUAAUAUUUAAAGAAGAUUUUUAUUAUUCGUUUAAGUUUUUUUUAAUUUUUUCUUUCUUAUUUUCCAAUGUGCAAUACAUUCCCACUUAAUAAUUUGCUUAAAACAGGAGGGAUUUUCUUUUUGUUGGUUUAGUUUUUUUUUCGCAGAGUGGUAAAAUUUUUUUAUUUAAAUAUAGUUUUUAGAAUACAUUAAUAUAUGGAUUAGAAUUCUUAAUAGAUUCAAAAUUUUUUAUUAAAAUAAACGAAUUUGUUUUUGGAUUUCAAAUCUAGUAGUUCCUUUUUAAUAUCUUCCGAAAUUUUGAUAUCGUUUGGUAUGCAAAACUUCAAUAACUUGUACAUUUAACUGCUUUGGUUAAUGUCAACAUUCGUUAUAUAAAACGCUUCCAAAACCAGUAUUUUGAUUGAUCAUUUCGAGCUGUUUCAGAUUGGCACCCUCAGAGCUGGUUUUAGGUAGCUUUAAAAGAACUAAUACAACUUCUUAAAAGCGGCCAAAAUUUAAAACUUUUUUCUGAUUUAAUGUUUAACAUUGUUUUUUCAAUCUGUGGCAAGAAGUUGUUUCGGAACGAGUGCAUAUUCCAUUGAACUAAAGAAGAACCAGUAUUUUAUAAUUCCCACAGAUCUGGCUUUUCGAAAACACUCUUAGAAGUACUUUAGAUUAGGUUCGUAUGGCAGCCACUCUUCGAGCAGCUCCCUUAGGUCCAUUUAUGUUGUUAUAAACUAGUACUCGGUGCUUCUAUGACGAAGUUUAAGGUUUAUGCUUAGAUAUUUAGUUCAUCUAUGCCUGAAAGGAAUGCCUGGCAAUAACAGUGUAAGUGGAACCUUGGUUCUGUCAUGCAUGACAAUGACACAGUGUUCAGUAAAUACAGAUAUUACCUGUUUAACAAUUGGACUUGUUUGACCCAUUGAAUUGUGUCAGACAGUAAGGUUCAAUUUGAACAAGUAGGAGUAGUUUAGAAACACGUUAUAUUACACAGAACAGGUUCUAGAAAUUGUAGCGACGACAUCAUUAGUUCUAAGAUUGCUGUACAAGAAUCAGAAGUAGUUCUAUUUGCACUCGUUCUAGAACUAGUUAUUGUAGGCGAUGUUUUUCAAGGAGAUUAAAACUUUGCUUAAUUUAAGGAAAUUAGUUGGUAUAAUUGGAGAUUUUCUCCAUCACAUUCCAGCAAAAAUAAAACGAAUUACUUCCAAAAGAAUAACAGUUAUCACCACUUCAAAAGUAGCACUAAGUGAUUUUUUUUACUUUCUGUGGAGGUGAUGUUUAAUGACUUCCCAAGAAGCGAAAAUAAAUCUAUAAUACUUCAAUUUCACUUCAGAAUAAAAGAACAUAAAAAUUACUUCUUGAGAAUGACUUCAGAAAUAGUGAAUUUGGAUUCAAAUAAAAAGGUCAUCCCUCCUAUGAUAAGCCUGAGUUAAAAUCAUUACUUCCUAAAGUCUUUUUCAGCACUUCUAUGGAGUAAAUUCUACUUUUUUUUUGCAGGGAUCUGGGAUUUAAGAUAUCGUGUCCUGAAGUUUGAAAAAAUGUUAUUUUUGACCCUUUUUGAGACGUUAUAACAACGCCAAGACAACUUUAUUUAUUCGAAUCUUGCUCAGCUCGAUACUUUAGAAAAGUAUACUUUGGCCUCUAGCUAAAUAUCUCGAUCCUAUUUCUUCCUAUGUAUUUCGCUUUUGACCACUCUUAGCAACAACCUGUUCUAUUGAUUUGUACUUAAUUUUAAAUGAUUCUACUUCCUUUUUUCUUUAACAAAACAUUUUUUUUUUUUGAAAUUUCUUUGGCUGAAAAUAUUAAAUGAUGACGACAAAGUCAAAACUAGCAAUCGACACAUACAACUUGGAAUAUGUAUGAAAAACGGCGAGUGAUCGCGUAAUUAGAGAAUGUGUAGCAAAAACAAUAAUUAUAAAAUAAUUAAAUUCACAAUAAUUAAGUCUAGCAAUUAUUAUUAUUAUUAUGAAAUAUAAAACAGAAUUAUAAUAAAAUAAUUAUUAUAACAAUUAGUUAUAUAUUUUUUAGUUUUUAAGUAGAUGGAUACUGUCUGAAUGUGUGUGAUAUGAAUGAAACUGAAGCAAAUUAUAUUAUUCUGGUAAUACAAAAAACAAAUAUAAACAAAAUUCUUAAAUUUUAUCUUAGAAAGAAAGUAAAUGAUAAAACAAGAUUGAAAUUCAAAUCAUACAACUAUUUAAAUAUUUAGUAAAUUAAAUUUAAACAUAAUUUUACACCCAUUAUUUAUAGGAAAGAGUAAAUGUAUGUAUAAGUGAAACAUUAAUAAUAAUAAUACAAAAUUAAAUAUUUAACUACUUUCAAUAAGUAGUAAAUGAUAAAAUAAUAACACAAAUGAUUCAUUUCCAAUGAUAUAGGAAAUCAUAUAAGGAAAAACGCUCUACAAUAUACACAUACAAAGGAAAAGUUUGAAAACCUUUAAAUUUUAAUUUAAACUUUCACAAGUUAUUGGAAUUAUCAAUUAAAUAACAAACAAAUAACAGAAUUAAAGAAAAUUAAUAAAUUAUAAUUGCAAACAUGAAUAAUUAAUAACAAUUGUCAAUGAAAUAAAGUGCUGUGAACAGAUAUCUGAGUAAAAUCAGUUUAACCAGUAGUAAAAAAAACAAA